AUGAGGCCUAUCUUCAAGACAAUCGCGCUCUUCGGGGCGAACGGUCAAGUUGGAAAGGCUGUUUUCGAGGCUCUCAUGCGUUGCAAAGAUCCUGCCUUCCACAUUAUUGCAUUUGUCUCCCCCAACUCCUCCUUCCAGCUUGAAAGCCUGGAAGAUGCUAGAGUGACAAUCAAGCGCGUCGAUCUGAACAACGUGACUUGUGAUGAACUGGCCACUAUGCUUGCUGAUGGCAGGGCUGAUGUUGUCAUCAGCGCUCUUGGUGGCCAAAUCAUCACCAAGCAAGGCCUCGUCCAAGAUGCGGCUGCACAGGCAGGGGUCAAGCGAUUUUAUCCCAGUGAAUUUGGAAUGCAUCAAGCACUCCGCCUACCAGGCGAACCAGCCUAUAUCCAUCCUAUCUGGGAUGUGAAGCUACGAUGCUUCGAGGAGGCCAUUCGACACCCCGCCAUCAAAAGCGGCUCAAUGUCAUAUACGGUAAUAGGAUGCGCCGACUCCUAUGAUGCUGCGAAAGAGCCGCUCUUCUGCCCUUGGCUGGAAACAGAAACAAGCCUCACCCAGGAUGGUUACACGAUACACUGCGUUGGGGAUCCAGAAGCUAAGAUGGACUAUUCGACUCUCCACGAUACCGCCAACUUCCUCGUGGCUACUCUUAGUCACCCAGAGCUAUCGGAGAACAAAUGCUUAAGGUUCAGGAGUGAUCAUAUCAGCUUUCGAGAGGUCGCAGAUCUUUUGCGCAAAUACUCAGGCAAGCCCGUCAGGCUUAAAGUCACCCCAGUCGACCAAGUGAAGGAAAUCCUCAAGAAUCCCUCAUCUGCGCCAGUCGAGUGGCACCGAAGAAGCACAUUCCCGAUUGACUUCUUUCUCACUCUAAGGUGUGCUCAAGGCCAAGGUGUGUUUUGGAGACCCCCUGGAUUCUUGCACAACAGUCUUUUCCCCGAAGUUCAACCCGUCACCGUAGCUGAGUACUUCGAGAGGUUGUUCGAAAAAUGA